AUGCCCUCCCCUCCUCUGCUUUCUGUCACCUCGGUGAAUACGUUAUACUCAAAGAAAGCUUGUCUUUCCGUGCUGCACUGCAACGUCAGAAGUAUUCACAAAAAUGGAGACGUCCUUCUUGCUUUUCUAUCCCAACACUCGUUUACUUAUGAUAUAAUAGGCAUAACCGAGACGUGGCUAAAAAGUGACGAUCAUUUUGAUAUUCCUGGGUAUGUUGUGGGUUCGCUACCUAGAAAUGCAGUUCAUAGAGGCGGUGGUGUUGCACUGUAUAUAAAAUCGUCUAUAUUAUUUAAUGCGCUCCCUCAUCUAACAUGUUCAACUAAUGAUAUAGAAGCUCUCUUUUUGGAACUUUGUUAUGGUGUCGUGGUGGCUGUUGUAUAUAGACCGCCGGAUUCAUCUAUGUCUCUGUUCCUAAAUAAAAUGGAAGAUAUUCUUACAUUUAUUUCACAAAGCAAUAAGAAAUCUGUCAUUUGUGGUGACUUCAACAUCGAUUUGUGUAAAACUGUGCCUUCAGAUUAUCUACUUCUAACACAGUCAUUUAACUUUACGAAUGUAAUAACAGAAUCAACAAGAGUGACACCCGAUUCAUCCACGCUCAUUGACCACAUCUUAUGUAAUCAAGACGCACACGACGGUGCUGGUGUAUAUGAGACAAACAUUGCCGACCACUUUCCAAUAUUCAUAUUUCUACCUAUAAACGCUGAAGAAACACCUCACCUUAGUACACCCCAUUUAAGGUAUCGCAUUAAUUACGAACUUCUGCAUAGAAAAUUAUCGGCAUUUAACUUUGAUUUACUAUUCAAUUCAGAUAUCAACAUCGAAUUUGGAAAUUUUAUCACAGUAUUAAAAACUGCAAUCGCUGAUUCGUCGAGUGAAUUAAGAAAACCACAUUAUUCAGAACCGAUCUGCCCCUGGAUGACUCGUCAAAUUUUAUGCGCACUUCAAGAGAAGAACAUGUGGCAGCAGAAACUGAAACGUCAUAAACAUAAUUCUUACUACUUGGCACAAUACAAAAUGCAUCGCAACCUAUCUCUAUCACUGAUAAGAACGCGUAAAAAAGAAUAUCACUCUAAACUUAUAUCCGAAAGUCAUGGGGACUUCAAGAAAACGUGGAAUGUGAUUAACUCUGUUAUUAAGCCAAGAUCGCAAAAGCAAACAACUCCUGUUAUAGUCACGGAUGAGACUGCAGACGCAUUCAACUCUUUCUUCAUUAAUAUUGGAGACCACCUAGCUAACAACAUUGUUCUGAUGGCAUCUCAGUUAAGGUCUUAA